UGGCAGACGGCCGGCCACAGAGCCAUCUGGAAGAGGAAAGCGCUCAGGCUGACAACAGACGGCAGAGCCACCCCAACAGAGCCCAGUCCAGCAAUGGAGCCUCCGCAGAGUGAGAGCAUGCCCCAGGACCUGUCUGAGGCCUUGAAGGAGGCCACCAAGGAAGUGCACGUGCAGGCUGAGAACUCUGAGUUCAUGAGGAACUUUCAGAAGGGCCUGCUGACCCCAGAGGGUUUAAAGAUGGUGAUGGCCUCCCUAUACCACAUCUACACCGCCCUGGAGGAGGAGAUCGAGCGUAACAAGGGGAACCCUGUCUAUGCUCCCCUCUACUUCCCAGAGGAGCUGCACCGCAAGGUUGCCCUGGAGCAGGACAUGGCCUUCUGGUACGGGCCCCACUGGCAGGAGAUCAUCCCCUACACGCCAGCCGUGCAGCGCUAUGUGGGGCGCCUCCAUGAGGUGGGGCGCACCGAGCCUGAGCUGCUGGUGGCCCACGCCUACACCCGCUACUUGGGCGACCUGUCUGGGGGCCAGGUCCUCAAGAAGAUUGCACAGAAGGCCCUGAACCUGCCCAGCUCCGGUGAGGGCCUCGCCUUCUUCACUUUUCCCAACAUCAACAGUGCCGCCAAGUUCAAGCAGCUCUACCGUGCCCGCAUGAACACUCUGGAGAUGACCCCUGAGGUCAGGCGGAGGGUGAUAGAAGAGGCCAAGACUGCAUUCCUGCUCAACAUCCAGUUGUUUGAAGAGUUGCAGGGGCUGCUGACCCAGGGCCCCAAGGACCAGAGCCUCUUGGAGGCCCCAGGGCUUCACCGGCGGGCUGGCAGCAGGGCACAAGACCCCACUCCUGUGGAGGCUCCCAGAGGGAAGACUCAGCUUAGCAGCUUCUCCCAGGCUCCACUCAUUCGAUGGGUCCUCACUCUCAGCUUUCUGGUGGCAACGGUGGCCAUGGGGCUUUAUGCCAUAUGAAGAAAAGUGUGUUGGUCCCCAGGGGCCAUGAACUCUGUCCAAUGAAGGGCCUUCUCUCUGGAGAGGUGGAAUCUCUUGCCUGACUCUCUUAUCUUGGGUACGGGAAGCUGUUGGAACUCCCACCCUUCUCCCCAUGACCCUCUCUCUCUGGAAUAGAGGGGGUGUCUAUGGCAUGACUCCCCACCAGUAGCACUUCCAGCCAGUGGCCUGAACUUCAGAACUAAGCAGCCCAGUUCCUGUAGCAGAGCCCAGAAGACAUGAUCAGAAGCAACAGCUGCCCUGGGUCCUGGUAUUCAUGUUGGCAUGACGAUGACCGCUUUCCCAUGGGUCAUGGCCAUUUUUACAUCAGAGUGCAGAGAUGUUGUGUCUUGUAUUUCUUACAUCCACUCUUUGUUUCUGGUUCCGCCUGAACUGUGUGGUAUUAUUAUUAUUAUUAUUAUUAUUCUGUUUUUA